UAGACGUCCUUAAGAUGCCAAUGGAUGCUUCUGGUAACUCAAUAUUGGUUACUGCUUCUGAUACCUUUACAAAGUGGGUUGAAGCCAGAGUAGUUCGCAGGGAAGAUGCUUUCAGUGUGAUUGAAGCACUAGUAAGUAUGUUUACUUCCCUGGGUCUACCAAGCUACAUCAAGACUGAUCGUGGUAGUGUUUUUCGAUCUCAUGUGAUGCAGCAACUGGCGCAGAGGUUUGGUGCGGCUAAGAUAAAGUAUGGAAGUUCUUAUCAUCCUCAAAGUCAGGGUCAGAUUGAGAGAUGGCAUAGAACGUUCUUGAUGAUGCUGAAGUCAUUUGGUCAACAGUUUGCUAAUUGUUGGUCGGCUGCACUACCGUUGUUAUUGUAUUGUUACCGUACAACUCCAUCAACGACUACUCAUGUUACUCCCUUUCGUGCUAUGUUUGGUCGUGAU